AUGGCUGCAACACAGUGUCAUGUUGGACCACCGAAACAUGUGUAUUCGGCUAAUUUGAAGAAUUCAAGUGAUCAUGAUGUUGAAAUCGAGAUCGAAUAUGCAGGGUCUCAACCUAAUCACCAAGAGACAAUCAAGGCACGUGUUCCUAAAAAUGGUUCACACGAAAUUCACGAAAAGACAGUACAAGCUGAUGGAUAUGAACAAAGAAAAUUUCUUCAAAAGAUUACGGUUCACCACGCCAAUGGAAAUAAACAAGUACUCGAAUCACCUUUUCAUGGUGUCAUAUCGCCAGAAAAGAACUGGAAAUUCGAAAUCGGGCAUGAUAGCGUUCUCAAAUCGGGCACUGCUUAA